AUGGAAGGAGUCAAUGCCUUCAAAGACGACAUUAAUAUUAACAAAGGGGAUCGGAUUCGGCAAGAGCUCUUUCAUGUCAUUGAAAAGUGUGGGAUAGCCAUCCCAAUUCUAUCCAAAGACUAUGCCACGUCUGCAUGGUAUUUGAGAGGAAGCUUUGCCCAAGCUUUUGCUAAGCAUGAAAUAAAGCACAAGGAUUACCCCAACAAGGUGAGGACAUGGAAACAAGCCUUAAGUGAUGUUGCUGAGAUAUCAGGAUUUGACCUCCUUAAUGACGUCUAUAAAGGGGAUCAAUCAAAAUGCAUUCAUGAUAUAACUAAAGAAGUCCAAAGAAAAUUAGAAGCUAUGAGGAAGGAAGAGCUUAAAACUAUUGCCUCCAUAGAAUAUCAUUUGACUAGAUUGAACUCAUUGUUGAGAAUGGAAUCACCAGCAGCCUCUGAUGGUGUUCUCUUUCUAGGAAUUUGGGGGAUGAAUAGUUACACUACUACCACAUUGAUGAGGAGAAUUUCUAACAUGUUCUCAGACCAUUUCGAGAGCGUGUGUUUGAUACAAGUGAAAAGUUUGAAGAAACGAGGAAUGGUGUCACUUCAAAAACAGUUGCUAGAGAAAGUUAGCAUGAAUCGGAAUUUGAAUGUUAUGAAUGUGGUUCAAGGAAUGAGUAUGAUAAAACAAAGGCUUUCUUUGAAGAAGGUUCUCGUCAUUCUUGAAGGUGUUGAUAGUUUACAUCAAUUACGGGCAUUGGUUGGAUCGCGUGAUUGGUUUGGUUCUGGUAGUAGAAUAAUCAUUACGACUUUUGAUAAAUCAGUGCUAAUUGAGCAUGGAAUGGACAUAAUGUACGAGCUUACAAUGGCCUAG